AUGGUACCCCCACCCCCCACCAACAAGCCCCACGUGUGCCUGUCCACCAUUCUGAUCAUGAGCAGCAUGGCACUGAUUGAUGCCUACCUGGUGGAGCAGAACCAUGGACCUCGCAAGAUUGGCAUCUGCAUCAUGGUGAUGGUGGGAGACAUCUGCUUCCUAAUCGUCCUGCGAUACGUGGCAGUGUGGGUGGGCGCCGAGGUUCGCACGGCCAAGCGAGGCUACGCCAUGAUCCUUUGGUUCCUCUACAUCUUUGUGCUGGAGAUCAAGGUCUACUUUGUGUACCAAAACUACAAAGCGGACAGGAAGAGCUUGGACGCUCUUGCGAGGAAAGCGUUGACGUUGCUGCUGUCCAUUUGCAUCCCAGUGCUGUUUGUGGUGCUGGUGGCCAUCGACCACAUGGAGUAUGUCCGCGCCUUCAAGAAGCGUGAGGAGAUCCGGAAUCGUCUCUUCUGGGUGGUGGUGGACUUGCUGGACAUAUUGGACAUCCAGGCGAACCUGUGGGAGCCUCAAAAGAAGGGGCUUCCUCUGUGGGCUGAGGGGCUCAUGUUCUUCUACUGCUACAUCCUGCUGCUCGUGCUGCCCUGCGUGUCCUUGAGCGAGAUCAGCAUGCAGGGCAUCAACAUCGUGCCCCACAAGAUGCUCCUGUACCCCAUCCUCAGCCUGGUGACCAUCAACAUCAUCACGCUCUUCAUCCGCGGGGGGAACAUGAUUCUAUACAGGGACGCCAGGGUGUCUGGGAUCCUGAUAGGAAAGAACAUCCUGGCCAUCAUCCUAAAGACCUGCAGCUUUGUGCAGUACAGGAGACAGUUGCAGAACGCUCCUCCUGCCUUCGGGGUGGAGCUGCAGAAGAACUCGGUGGCUCACGCCCGCCCUGCUCCCACCCCUCCUCAAGUGGUCAUGCAGGACCAGACACCCCUCCCUGAAGUGACGACGUGCGAGCACACAUGACAGAACGGCGAGGUGAAUCCUGGAAAUGUCAAUAUGAGUAUAUACGACCCUCAGGAUGCUGGCGGGGCACAGAGUUCCUCACCUUUUCGGGUGUGUGAGCACUCAUGUGAACACACGCGAGAUGCUUAAUGGCACACAGGACACUGCAGACGCUUAGCGAGGACGGAGCUGUGCUGUAUCCAAAGCCGUCAUGGUGCAAAAUACAGUAUUACUUGUGACUUUGUUGAAGCAUUUCCCCCCAGUGAAUCUAGUUAACUGUGUAUUUUUUCUAACUGUACGAAAAGAAAAAAAAAAAACAAGAAAAAGGCAACUACUGCAAGAUUAGAGGAUAUAUUUUUGAAUUGUGUGUGUUGCAUUCUAAUCUUAAAUUUAAGGGUCUGUGUGCUGUGGUGUGUAUUUCUGUUGCUCGAAUGUUCUUAGUAGUCGAGGGCUUUAACGCGUCAAAGUCAGAUGGAGCCACCACUGAGGACGAAAAUAACAGUUAAAGCUUUCUCUUGGAAGAAGUGUGUUUUUAUAUGUGAUUCUUUGAUAAAGUAUUG